CUUGGGGUCCUCAAUACCCUGCCUGGCUGGUGUGCGUUUGAUGUUCUGCUCACAGAGCUCAAGGCCUAUGCUGAUCCUCUGCCCUGGAGCUUCUGCAAUGCCCAGGGGCUUCAGUUUCUUGGAUGCUGUGUCUUUUUCUGGAAAUUUCUGAAUCUCUAAUUCUCUCCUGGCUUCAGGGACUACCAUACACCCACUCACUCUGCCCACUUGCACCCGACCGGGAGAGGAAAUGAAUGGGGGCUCCCUCUGGAGGAUGGAGCAGCCAGAGAACAGAACUAUGGGGACAGAUUGUUGCACCUAUUCUUUCAUGAAUAAAUGUGGACUUCAGCAAGUACGAGGAGAAGAUGGAUGGUUGGAGGCCCUCAGGAGCUAGGAACCCUCCCAGAGUCACAGCUGCGGAAGCGGGUACAAACCCAACAGCUGGUCCACCGGCCUGAUUUGCACAGAGGUGGGGGCAAAGGAUGGUGAAGCAAAAGUGUGUGUACAGGAGCUGUGGUAUCCACAUGUCCCAGUCGGGGGAAAUGUCUUCCUGCGGAAUCCAUGUCUGAUCUCACUGAUGAUGGGACACACAGACAAACCACCCAAAGUGCAGGCGCACCACUGCAAUUACAGGAGCAUGCUCAAGAGCCAGCGGGGCCUGGUCUCACUGAAGAAGGCCUGGCACCCCCCAGGUGAGGCCUGUGUCCUCUUGGCAACGAAGUCUGUUCCCACAGAGUGGGGCCCAUAAACUUUGAACAAGGUUUCUUGCCCAAGCGUGAGUCCUGGUCCCACUGCGGAAGCCCAGAGCCUGGAAUUUUGGUGUCUACGUCCUGAAUUCCACCGGUACGCUGUGGAGGGGCAUGCCACCCGGCUGAAGCCUGGACUCUCCCGAACGAGGCUUCUGUCCUAUGAAUAGGUAGUACCCCCCUGUGAUUUUGGUCUUUUUGGGGGCUCACCUCCGUAGGUGGUACUGGACCCCCCACCCCAACGCGACCUCCUUUCCUCUAGCCCUUUAAGAGCCUCUUCCUCCGACCCGGGCGAAGAGGACCAGAGGUCCCGCUGGCCGCGUUGCCAUGGAGACCGGGCCUAGCUGGGGGGGAGGGGCGAGCCCGUGUGCGCAGGCGCCGCACCGAGCCGCCGCGUCUCUGCGGAACUGCUGAAUUUGAGCAGAAGGUGCGCGCCCCGACACCGCUCCGGAGCUCGGCGUCUGCGGGUUCCCCUCCCCCGCCGCUCCAGGCGCAGACAGCGCCGCCCGGCCCCUCACCUGGCCCGGUGCCUGUCCCUCAAGCCUCUGCCGGGACAAAGGGCGGAGCGGCGGGACCGGCGGCAUCUCCGAGCCUGACACGUAAGCCCCCUUCGGAAUCUCGGACAGCCCUGCGAGGGGGCCCCUGGAGAGGCCGCUGCGUCAGCCGGUCAGAGGCGGCUGGAGCCCUGAAUCCCCGAGCCUGGCCACAUUCGUUUGAACCUGAAGUCCACGCGCUGCCCGCUGUUCCAGGGUGGGAUUUGCACCAUGGCCAUGAGCCUUUUGCGGGACUGGUGCAGGGGGCUGGACGUGGACAUGCACAGGGCCCUGCUGGUCACCGGUAUCCCGGAGGGCCUGGAGCAGGCGGCCAUUGAAGCCGUCCUUCAGCCGGCCUUCCUACCCCUGGGCACGUUCAGGCUGCGGAACACGAGGGCCAUGAGGGACGAGAAGGCCAAGGCCGCUCUGGUGGAGUUCGUGGAGGACAUUAAUCACGCCGCCAUCCCCAGGGAGAUCCCGGGCAAGGACGGCGUCUGGAGGGUUCUGUGCAGGGACCGCGCCGAGGACACGAGAGUCUUGAGGCAGAUGAAGCGCUUGCUGCUAGAUGAAAGGCCCGCGCAAGCCACAGUGACCAGGGACCUCGGGGACACGCCCACCUCUCCCAUUUGGGACACCCAGGACCAGGGAUCGGAGCCGGCGGCCAGGAAGGCUGACCCCGCUCCCGGCGCCGCCAGGAACGCUAGGAGGGGCCGUCGGGGUCGCAGAAGCAGAGCCAGAGGCAACAGGUUGACUCAGAGGGGCAGGAAGAGGGGCCGAGGGGGGCGGCCGCCUACCUCGGGGCGGCAUGAGUCCGAGGACUCUUCGGAAGAGAGCCUGGGCAUCGUGAUCGAGGAGAUCAGCGAGGAGGACCUGGGCGGCGACGGCGAUCAGGGCGCGCUGUACGCCACGCUCCAGGCCGCCGCCAAGGAGCUCUUUAAGAAGUCGGUGCUCCAGGGCGAAGCAGAGGAAGCGGAGGGUCCCCGCGAGUUCUUGGCCCUGGUGACAGUGACAGACAAAGCCAAGAAGGAGGAGAUGGAGAAAGAGCCCCCUGGGGCUGAGUCGAUCAGUCUCAACAUCGAAGAAGAGGGGAGUGGUGUCCCCGACUUAGUGGCCCUGCUUGCUGUGAGAGAGACGUCGGACGAAGAGCCCAGGGACAGUGACGCUUCAGAGAGCGAGUCGCAGGAAACCGGGGACCAAGACAAAGAGGGGGUGGACAAUCCCGAGUUCGUGGCCAUUGUGGCGUAUACGGACCCCUCCGACCCCUCCGCUAGGGAGGAGAUGCUGAAAAUCGCUUCUGUGAUCGAGUCACUGGGGUGGAGCGACAAUAAAGACAAAAAAGAUGCCCUUCCCGAGGUCUUGUCCGUCAUGUCCAAGGACACGUCGGGCACCCGCGUGAAGGUGGUGGAGGCGGGCCGCCAGGUGGACGCCAUGGUCCUGAGGAAGGCCAGGGACGACGGGAACCUGCUGGAAUGCAUUUCCACCCUGGCUGAGCCCGAGACCCCCGCCAGGGGUAAGAAGGCUCGGCGUGGCCUCCUGGCAGGCUGGGGCGACGAGGAGGCAGAUGAGGGGGGCCUCCUGGAGCUCGUGGCGCUGCUGGCUGCCCAGGACGUGGCGGAGGUGAUGAAGGACGAGCAGGAAAAGGCCUGGGAAGGCGGGAAGUUCAAGUGCGCCAAAGGCAACCUGGGGGAGGUCUUGGCGCUCCUGGCUGCUAGCGAGAACGCGGAAUCGGAGGAGGACUCGGAGCGGGCUUCGGAGGAAGGCUCCGAGGAGGCGUCCGAGGACACGGAGAGCGAGGAGUCGGAGCCCGAGGACCGAGAGUCCAGGAAGCCCCGGGCCAAGCGGGCGCGCACAGCCUCCAGGGCCCUGGGACCGGCGGCCGCGGCCCCAGCCCCUCCCGGGUCCCGCAAAACCCGAGGGGGCGGCCGAGGCCGCGGCGGGCGGGGCGUCACUCCCGAGAAGAAAGCCAAGGAGGAGGCAGCGGGAAACAAGAAAAAGAAGGGGCAGGCGGGAGCCGGGGCCCACGCCAAGGCCGGCGAGGCCAGGGGUCAGCCGCCCACCGGCUCCAAGGCGGCCCGCGGGAAGAAGGCUCGUCGCGGCAGGAGGCUGCCCCCCAAGUGGCGCUAGUAGGACCCCGAGCCGGCGAGGCCGCCGCCGCCGAGUGUGGCCCCACCAUCGUCGCUCCCCCAGCGCCCCUUCUGGCAGAGGCGGCGCCGCUUCACCGUGUGAUCUGUGCUCUGCCACCCGGCUAGGCGGUGUCCUGCUGGGCUCACCUUUACCUUCAGUUCCUCCUUUGUAGUUGGUGCGAGCGACCCUCGUGGGAGAGAGACAGAGACACGCGCACCCCCGGAGGCAGCAGCCCCAGGUGAUGGGACAGUGUCUCAGUGUCACCAGUGGGCUUGGGACCCUAGCAAGUGUGUCGGAGGGCGUCGCGCGUGUGGGGGAGGCAAGCAGGGCCAGUGAGUUCUUUAUGACUCUCCGUGAGGCCUGGCCAGCAUCUGUAGGCCACUGUCCCCCACCCCAAUGUGAUGGAGGCUUGGCCACCCAGGAUGUAGGGUGUCAGAGUGUAGCUGAGCUCUAAGGCCGGAUCGCCCUCUCUGAGGGAGGAGGUGAUUCCAGAAAGAGAAGCCUGAGAGGUUGAGGAGGCUGCCUUAUGGCAGGGGCGGGCAGAGG